GGCUAAGUGUUUGUGGGCGGGGCAUAUUGACCAUUCGGACGCGAAAACCAGUCUAGCGAGAAAACUUCACCGUCUUGAACAGCAAAACUAUGUUCUCCGGAAAAACCGUAUGCAUAAUAACUGGUGCAAGCCGUGGUUUGGGCAAAAGCAUUGCUUUGAACUUUUCAAAUCUCUUUACCAAAGACUCUGUAUUUAUUCUGUUGGCUAGAGAUGAUAAAUCUCUGUCUGAUACAAAACAGGCGAUAAGCCAGAAAUGUGUGACCCAGUAUUUUGAUCAGGGAACACUGGACCAGAGUGUGUUCGAUUCGUUACUGCCCAGGUGUUUGAAUGAAUUGCACGUAAACACUGAGGAGUUUGAGCACGCGUGCAUCGUGCACAACGCAGGCACUCUCGAGUGUGAAAUGACGGAAGAUCUCGUGUCAGUUCAGAGUGUUUCGAAUUACUUUAACGUCAACCUGAUUGGUGCUGUGGCACUGAAUGCAAGCUUUUUGCGAGUGUUUCAACAUGUAGAACACAAACUUGUAAUAGGAAUAUCAUCACUAGCUGCACUACAGCCUAUAAACAGCUGGGCACUUUAUUGCUCAGCCAAGGCAGCACGUGACAUGUACUUCAAACAUGUGGCAUCGGAGUACCCCGCUAUACGAGUCCUGAACUACGCCCCAGGUCCACUACGUACUGACAUGCUGACUAAAACAGCGUGCACCGAAUCAAAAGAUCCACAAGUACUUAAAGUGUUUAAAGAUUUAGCUGCCAAGGCUCUGUCCUGCGACACCAGUGUUUUGAAGCUGAUUGAGAUUCUCAAAGGAAACAAGUUCAAGAAUGGCGACCAUGUGGACUAUUAUGAUGAAUAAUUGUAACACUCGGGGCUAGCUCUGGGUCAGCAGAAAAUUUCGCCAAAUUAUCUAUACAACUUCAAAAACUGCAGAAACCUGGUUAUUUUGUAACAAAAUAUCAGUUAUUGUAUGCAAUUAUUUCGCCAAACUAUCUAUACAACUUGAAAAACUGCAGAAACCUGGUUAUUUUGUAACAAAAUAUCAGUUAUUGUAUGCAAUUAUUUCGCCAAAUGAAAACAAAAUUUAGGAAUUGUUUUUUGAAAUUCGAAAUUGGUGAAUUUGGCAAGUGACAGAGGUAGCCCUGACACUGCAGAAAUAAACUCAUAAGAAAUAGAUCUUGUAAUAUACAUUUGUAUAUACAUGUAUAUUAAUCCGCUUGUGCUAGGGAUAUUUGAGAAAACAUAUGCUAUGUAAAGUACCUGCAUUUAUUGUGUUCGAUGGAUGACAAAUCUAAUUGUAGUCAUGCAUUAUGGGGUCUGGGAUUUAGCUCCGUCGGUUGAGUGCUCGCUUGAGAUGCGUGCAUCAACUGAUGGAGUUUUUUCUUGUUCCAACCAGUGCACCACAACUGGUCAACGGUCAUGGUACAUGUGCUUUACUGUCUGUGGGACAGUGCAUA